UAUGACACCACCACCGCCACUAGAGGGCGCCAGGUGUCAGGUUCCUGCCCUGUCUGCCUUCAAGCCCUGACGGAGGGCGCACAGUACCCGCACUACUUUCCCCGUGUAAUAAAGCAAGAUGGCAGCUGUUGUUGAGAAUGUUGUCAAACUGCUGGGAGAGCAGUACUACAGGGAUGCCAUGGAGCAGUGUCACAACUACAAUGCCAGGCUGUGUGCCGAGAGGAGCGUUCGUAUGCCGUUCAUCGACUCUCAGACGGGUGUAGCUCAGAGCAACUGCUACAUUUGGAUGGAGAAGAGACACAGGGGACCAGGCAUGGCUCCAGGGCAGCUCUACACCUACCCGUCCAGGAGGUGGAGGAAGAAACGGCGAUGUCAUCCCCCAGAGGAUCCUCGUCUUAUCUUCCCGCCUGUCAAGUCAGGUACCAGCACAUCAUCUGGAUUAACAGAGGCAGAUAUAGGACUGAAGAAAGAUGCUCUGCUGUCAGCGGAUGGCAGCAGCCUGGAGGCCUUGCUGAAGGGCGACUCGCUGGAUAAGCGGAUGCCAGCAGAGAUCCGAGGGUCCGAGGACGAUUCGAACCAGAGCGACUACACCGGAAGCAUCAACCCCGCUGCUCGGAUCAGAAAGAGAAUCCUUGAGCCAGAUGACUACCUGGAUGACCUGGAUGAUGAAGACUACGAGGAAGAUACACCUAAAAGAAGAGGCAAAGGGAAGGGGAAGGGUCGAGGAGUGGGCAGCACCCGGAAGAAGCUGGAUACAGCUGCACUGGAGGACAGAGACAAGCCGUACGCCUGUGACAACACUAUCAAACAAAAGCAUAUUUCAAAACCUUCUGAACGAGUCUGUGGGAAGCGCUACAAGAACCGUCCCGGCCUGAGCUAUCACUACGCCCACUCCCACCUGGCCGAGGAGGAGGGUGAGGAGAAGGAAGAAAUAGAGAUUCCUGAGCCUGCCCUGCCAGUGCCCGACGAGACGAAAACUCCAAAGAAAGGCCCAGAUGGUCUUGCGUUGCCUAAUAAUUACUGUGACUUCUGCCUGGGAGACUCCAAAACCAAUCAUAAGACGGGCCAGUCAGAAGAGCUGGUGUCCUGCUCCGACUGCGGACGCUCGGGCCACCCCUCCUGCCUCCAGUUCACCCCUGUAAUGAUGGCCGCCGUGAAGACGUACCGCUGGCAGUGCAUAGAGUGCAAGUGCUGCAACAUGUGCGGCACUUCAGAGAAUGAUGAUCAGCUUCUGUUCUGCGAUGACUGCGACAGAGGCUACCACAUGUAUUGUCUCAACCCACCCAUGUCUGAACCACCAGAGGGGAGCUGGAGCUGUCAUCUAUGUCUGGACCUGUUGAAAGACAAGGCAUCCAUAUACCAGAACCAGAACGCCCCACCGUCGUGAUGGUCACCACUCCCCUGCACACACUCAUCACUCGACUGUCCCGCAGCUGUACGGUUUACCCUUCAAGUCGAGCUGGCCGCGGAGGGAGUGUGUUCAGAACUGACAAUACAUGGUGAAAAGGGAAGUAUCCCUUACUGAACUGGCCUCACUUAGCUUCAGAUAUGACUGUUGCACAGUUCCAAGCUCAGAUUCAGACCCUCUUUGCCACAUAUUUGAGAAGUUCUAAAUUUACAAGAUAAGAUACACAUCUUAAAGAGCCACAAUCUGACCUCCUGUUCAGGUUUUUUACACACACGCCUACACAAUGUUGCUAAAACCUUCUCUAUCCUGCAAUCCACUGAUUUUAUGACUAGAGCAGAAACAGAGCUUGGAGUCAAGUAGCAUGUCUAUGCUUGCUCAUCGUAUAAAAAAAAAGAGAAAUUUUAUAAUAUUUAUAUAUUUCUAUGGUAUAUAAUAGUGUUAAGUAUGUACAAAUUGGAAAAGAAGAUUGGUCAUGUAAUGGUCUUUUUUAUUAGUGCCCAUCUCAUCAUUAUGGAGAAAUCCACAACCACAUGUUCUUUUAUGGCACUGCUGAUAUUUGGUGAUGCACUCAAGAAGAGUCAAAGGGAUCUGAGGGGCUGAGACUCUAGAUUAAUUUCCCAUCUCAUCCACUGCCACUGGCCACACACUAGCACACAUGCUACCAACAACCUUAAAAAAAACCAACAGGAACUAUGAAUAGAAACCCUGGUGUGUUUGCCAAAGUGGCUCCAAAGGCUGAAGGAGUUCAGGGUCUGCAGGCUAGAUGGAGCUGCACAAAGCUCAAGCAGGUGCAUAAUGUCCAUGUUGCAUUGAGGCUUUCAGGGCUGCGGUUCACACUUCAGACAUGAAGUCGCUAAUGUUGUGAUGAUGAUUAUUCCAGUCAAAUUGAAAACAAAUCCUACAUGUGUUAUCAGCCAGGUAAAGGGAUAAAAAGCCUUCAUCGCUGUGUUCUAGCAGUUCGCUGAUCAUGCACCAUAUCCAAUAUCUGUCGAUGUUGUGACACCACUAGAUUAUUUUAAUGUAAUUGAGGACUAUGCGACCUUGCAGAUGGUCACUCGCUGACAAUGUUAAAGCAAUAGAAGAGCUCCUGUCAGGCGCCGGGAUGACUGAGUCACUUUAGGCUCUCUUUGCAGACAAUGUGCGAUACUGUAAAUUUUCUUUUUCUGAAAAUGCUAAUACAGACAGAGGAUUGUGGCAGCAAUUAUACACAGAUCCAUAGUGUGAAAAAAAAAAAAAAAGAGAGAGAUUAUAAUGUGUAAAUGUAUAGUCCGGUGGAGGAACAGCUCUUUUUGUUAUGGCUUUUGUAGUUUUAAAUAUGUGACGGUUUCCUUCUGUGGCAAGGCUAAAAGAAAAAGUCUGGCUGAUUUUACCUCAAACAGAAACAGUAUUUAAAGGGUUAAAACAUGCUGUUGAUGGACGGGACAAAGGCAGCGGGAUGAAUAGUAAUGACAGCUGCAGAGUCUGCUUCAAUAACUGCGUAUUCUACAGGUAAAACAAGUGCAUGCUCCGUAAGUGUUUGCACUCUCAUAUGCUACAUAGUCGUCUCAGCGUUAGGUCGGCAGAGGUGUUGGGAAGUGGUGUAAUAUAAGUAACCAUGCUUUCAUGUCGUUUCAAUAGCCAACUAACAAUUACUAAAGCAUUACAGUAUAACUCGGUUUAUUUUCUCAUCACUUUUAAACUUAGUUAUUUAGAGACAGUGGCUACUAGAAUAUUUUGCUGGUUUUUGUACUCAUUGGGAGUGUUUGCGUACCUGAUGUGUGGGGACUUUUUUGGGACUUAAGUGGAGGUUGCCUUCUAGUUAAUCCUGCGAUCAAGGUGUCACCUGAGCCGAUCUCUUCCAAAGCUGAAAAACAAGGAGCAAAGCCCGUAAUGUGAUUAAGAGGCAAAUUCUGGAGCUACACCUUCAGCACUGAAGGGUUAAGUAAUGAUGGAGCCAGGGUACACCUUUCUAGGCUGCACACAGGAAAGCCAUGAAGACAAAGGAGGGCCACUUGUUAAUAUCGGAUUUUGGAUUCCUGGUUUCUGGCUUUGGGAGAGAAUUGUUCAUGACAGCAAAUGUUUUAAAACGAGGAUCACAGGUUUACGUAGCAGGUGAAUUCUCUUGGGUUGAACUUUUAUUUGGAUUAUGGUGGAAUGUUUUAUUGUACGAAAAUUGUCUUCAGGAAAAUAAAAUACUAGGCACUAUAA